ACAUCCGUCAACGUCACUUCCGUUCGCUGCUUGGCAAACAUGGCGCUGCUCCUAAGGACGUUUGCCCGUCAGGGUGUCUGCAUCUCCAGACCACACUACAGUGGCCUCUACAAACAUGCUGCUCCAAUGGGAACCACAGCUAAGGAGGAGAUGAACAAGUUUUGGUCCAAAAAUGCCAGACUAAAUAGACCAAUGUCUCCUCAUCUCACCAUUUACAAAUGGUCCGUCCCCAUGAUGAUGUCCAUCACACACAGAGGAACUGGAGUGGGCCUCAGUGGAGCUAUCUCGGCCUUUGCUGCAGCAGCACUGGUAUUACCGGGAAAUUAUCCAUACUACCUGGACUUGAUCCACUCGCUCUCCGUCGGCCCCUUUCUCAUUGGGUUGGCCAAGUUCGGUAUCGCCUUCCCCGUAUCUUACCACACCUAUAACGGCAUCCGCCACUUGUGGUGGGACAGUGGCAAGGGCUUCAGAAUCCCAGAAGUCUACCGCACCGGCUACGUGGUUAUUGGUCUGUCCAUCAUCACCUCCAUAGCCCUGACUUGUCUCUGAGCACAGGACGAGAGGAGAUGAACAGCAACGAAAGCAGAGGAGGGAGCUGAAGGGAAUGUGGACUGGAUUCAGUGUGGGGGUUUUGUGUAUAUGUUCUGUUCUGGCCUACUGCAGACCCUGUUUGAUCAAAGUAUUGAAUAAAGGAUUAUAUUAUGCUGUA